UUCCGAUGAGCGCGUGAGCCGGGCGCCGACGGCGGGGCCCGGGCGCCGCCGCCAAGAUGGGCAUGAGGAUCAAGCUGCACAGCACCAACCACCCCAACAACCUGCUGCGGGAACUCAACAAGUGCCGGCUCUCGGAGACCAUGUGCGACGUGACCAUCGUGGUGGGCAGCCGCUCCUUCGCCGCCCACAAGGCCGUGCUGGCCUGCGCCGCCGGCUACUUCCAGAACCUCUUCCUCACCGCCGGGCUGGACGCCGCCCGCACCUACGUGGUGGACUUCAUCACGCCGGCCAACUUCGAGAAGAUCCUCAGCUUCAUGUACACGGCCGAGCUCUUCACCGACCUCAUCAACGUGGGCGUCAUCUACGAGGUGGCUGAGAAGCUGGGCAUGGAGGACCUGCUCCGGGCCUGCCACUCCACCUUCCCCGACCUGGAGAGCACCGCCGUGCCCAAGCAGCCUUCCCUGGUGGCAGGUGAGGGGCGUCCAGGCUCCCUGGGUGGCCCCUCGGGGGACCCGAGCCAGCCCCCGGGGGAUGCCCGGGGCAGCGGGGAGCCCUUGGGCUCCGAGCGGGGUUAUGUCUUGCAUGGGGAAGCAGCAGGCAGCUGCAAGGAAGAUGCCCUGAGCGACGCCGGCCAUGGGCUGCCCCUGCCGCACCCGGCGCUGUCAAAGGCCGAACAGGAGCAGGACUUGCCAGCACAGUUUGCCCCUGCCGUGAGCCUGGGGGCGCAGCCCGGCUUGGGCAGCACGAGUGUCGCCGUGAAGACGGCCGCUGGCUCCUGCCCCUCCUACAAGGUGCAGAGCAACGGGGACCCCGGUAAGGGCGGCUUCUUUGCCACCGACGCUGCGCUGGACGUGUCGGCAGGGAGCAACUCAUGCGCCAGCAGUAGCGAGCAUGCCAAGGAGCCGGGUUUUGGGCAGCUGGACGAGCUGCAGCUGGAGGAGCUGGGGGAGGACGAGCUGGCCUUUGAGGAGGCCGGAGAGGAGCUGGGCGCACCUGAGGAGGUGAUUGAGCUGAGCGACGACAGCGAGGAGGAGCUGGCCUUCGAGAGCGAUGGGCGGGACGGCCGUGCUGUGCCCUGCCAGGUGUGCCGCAAGGUGCUGGAGCCCAACAUCCAGCUCAUCCGGCAGCACGCGCGCGACCACGUGGACCUGCUCACCGGCAACUGCAAGGUGUGCGAGACCCACUUCCAGGACCGCAACGCCCGCGUCACCCAUGUCCUGUCCCACAUCGGCAUCUUCCUCUUUUCCUGCGACAUGUGCGAGACCAAGUUCUUCACUCAGUGGCAGCUGACACUGCACCGGCGUGAGGGCGUGGCUGACGGCCACGUCAUCGUCCACCCCAGUGACCUGCUGCUGGGCAAGCUGGGCGCAUUGCCUGCGGCACCUGGCGCAGAGCUGGCCUGUGCUGCAUGUGGUCGGGCGCUGCCUCGGGACUUCCAUGCUGUGCGCAGCCACGUGCUGGAGCAUGUCAAUGUGAAGGGGCAGGCUUGCGGGCUGUGCGACCAGCGGCACCUCUCGCUUUGUGGCCUCCUCUGGCAUGGCCUCUCCCACCUGGGCAUCUCCGUCUUCUCCUGCUCAGUCUGUGCCAGCAGCUUCGUGGACCGGCACCUGCUGGAGAAGCACAUGGCCGUGCACCAGAGCCUGGAGGAGGCCCUCUACCGCUGCCACUACUGUGGCCAGAGCUUCAAGCUGGAGGCCGCCUACCGCUACCACGUCAGCCAGCACAAGUGCAGUGGGAACCUGGAGCUGCGGCCUGGCUUCGGCGACCGACUCCCGCCUCCCGGGCUGCAGAAGCGCAAGCUGCCUGAGGAGCUGCUGGGCGAGGAGCUGAGCCCGCCGAGCCAGCCGGGCCACAGCAAGUACAGCUGCAAGGUGUGUGGCAAGCGCUUUGCCCACACUAGCGAGUUCAACUACCACCGUCGCAUCCACACGGGCGAGAAGCCCUACCAGUGCAAGGUCUGCCACAAGUUCUUCCGCGGCCGCUCCACCAUCAAGUGCCACCUCAAGACGCAUGCGGGCGCCCUUAUGUACCGCUGCACAGUCUGCGGGCACUACAGCUCCACCCUCAACCUCAUGAGCAAGCACAUCGGCGUGCACAAGGGCAGCCUCCCGCCUGACUUCACCAUUGAGCAGACGUUCAUGUACAUUAUCCACUCCAAAGAGGCUGAAAAGGGCACUGAGAGCUGAUCGGGGAGGAGCCACACGGGCACCCCAGGGCCACGGUCUUCUUUGUUCCUUCGCUCUCAUGGGUGGCGUGGCUGGGACCCUCCUCCUGUGCCUGGUGGGGGGUGGGCAGGGGGGCCAUCAGUUGGAUCCCCCAAGAGGCCUGUUGCGUCGGUAGCUCUGUGUCGGGUCAGGGAGCAGCCACCAGGCUCCAUGUUGGGCGCUCCCUGCUGGGUUUGGGGAGUACGUGAGGAGUCGUCUCUCUCCCUGCCCGCGUGGCACAAGACUUCACCCAGGUUCCUGCUGCUAAGGCUCUGAUGCCCGGCCCUGAAGGGCAGAGCUGGGGGAUGGGGGGGGGCAAAGCCGGGCACACACACACUACCCGGGGCUGGGCCUUUGCUGCUGCCAGAGGAAGUCCUGUUUCAGCCCUGGCCUUGGCCUUGCCUCUCUGGAGUGGGGGGACCAAUGGACCUGGGGAGGGUGAGCCAUGGCCUCCCAGUGCCGGUGUCGUCGCAGUGCCAGUGCCAGUGCCGUUCGAGAGUAGGGGAGGUGGAGGGGAGACAGUGCCUGCCUGCUCCGUCCCUGUGGGGCCACCUCGGACAACAGAGCUGGCUGCUUCCCCUGCUCCCACCCCAUAGAAUGGGAGAUUAUCAUGUCGUAUUUGCAUGGCCUCGAAGCCGGGCCCCAUCCCUGCCAGCUCCGCAGCAUUGGUAGGGGGAAGGGUCCCCGUGUGAUGCCCCUGGGGGCAGGGGUGUGGGGGGAGGAUUGAAUGUUGCAGGUGCCCACCAGGGCCUGCUGCCCUGGGUAACUCGUACUACCUCACGCAGGCUGUGCCUGGCCCCAGCGCCUGGCGCCUAGCCACAUGCGCCAUUAGGAAGCCGAGCGAGCUGGUCGCAGACACUUUCCCUGAGGAGCCCAUGGGAGCCACCCCUGCCCCGGGCAGCGCUGAGCCCGCAUGGCCUGGGGUCCUCUCCUCUGUGGCUGUGGGGAGGCUGUCUCACCUCUUUUGCCUCAGUUUCCCCGUCUGUAAAACGGGGGCAGUAAUACUUGUGGUACCUACCUACUGACCUACCUCCCUGGAGCAUGGUGCAGUGCUGGCCCCUAUCCAGCUGGCCGAGAGCUCCUGUGAUGGGCAAUGUCCUAGGGUGCCCUUUAUCCCACUCCAGCGCCAAGUGACCCCACUGGGUCUGGUCCCUUCCGGCCCUGCUUUCCCGUGAUGCAAAGGACCAAUCCUGCCUUUGCAGGAGCCUUGGCGGGAGGGAGGGGUCUGGGGCUGUACAUGGAGGCCCCUGCUGCUAAGCCCAGGGGCCCUCAGUCUCAGCCUGGCACCCUCCCUCCCUGCCCUGAGGUCCCCAGUAGCCCAUUGCCCUGGGUCCCGGAUGGAGCAUAUGGCCCCAAGCUGGGCAAGGGGAGCAGGGAGUCUGCGAUCGUGCUGUCCAUGUAACACUAACCAGCUUGGGCCCCUGCCAAGACCAGCUUUCAGCUGGUAGAUGAGCUCCUGGCAGUGCAGAGCUCCCACAGGCAGCCAAGUUUGGGGAGACAGGGCGCAUCCUGCAGAUGCCCACCAUUCUCCAAGCCAGCUCCCAGGCUGGGCAGCUCCGUCCUCCCAUGCACUGUGGAAGCAAAACACUAUUGCUAACGGGGCAGGAAGGUGGGCCUGGGGAGGCCAGACUCCUGGGUUCCCUGCUUUUGCUCCGCUGCUGACUCUGCAGGGGUCUCUGGCCAGUCUGUGCACCUCUCUGCCUCGGUUUCCCUGCCUGCGGGCAACCAGAGGACAGUAAAGAAUUCCUACCUCACAGGGGAGGCUGGGGCCACGUGGCCACGGAGCGCCGGGCCCUCAGGGCAGGGGAUGGCAGGGUUAGCUGUCCGGGUCCUGACCCUAGCGGAGCCCUACCCUUGCCUCCCCCUGGAACGAUGCUGCCCGGGAAGGGGCCGCAGCGCGUGGGCCCGAGCUCUCUCCAGCCAGACAUGGAUGCCUCGCAAGCACUGCCCAUACCUGCCCUGCCCUGCCCUGCCCUGCCCCUCUGGCCCGGCCUCCUGCUGUGUACGUGGUUCCUCUUGGCUGUAGAGUUUUGUAUAUUUUGUAAACCGCCCCCUCCCCCCGUCGCUGUCCAGCCGCCGUGUCCGUCGUGUUCUUUUCUACACCCCUCGCUCGGCACAAAGUGUGGGUUUAUUUAGAAUAAUAAAAUGGAAAACAGUGCC